AUGGAGUCCUCACCCACUUCACCUAGUGGCGACCCUUGGAAAUUGGCUGAUCCAUAUUACCCAGCCCCAAUCGGAGCCGUCGAAGCUGCAGAAAAUCCAGUACAGGCUUCCUUCCGAUUCAUAGUCCGCCGCGCAUCUCAUGCCGAGCCUAGUGCAACGCAUGUCCUCAACACCUGGGUGAAUAGUUCCUAUCUGAUAUGGGCAGUCUGUGCUGCUCUUGCAGACGAUGGCGUGGAUGAAGAAUGGACCAGAAAGUUUCAGAAAUGGCGACCACUGUGGAACAAAAUCCAACAGGAUGUGCAAUACUUCCAGGAUGGGCAUCGUGCUUUCGUUUCAAACAAAUUCUUUAUGAAGAUUCCUGCUCCGCCUAUUCACAGAAUGCUUGUCCAGCAGUUUGAUGGUCCGAAGUUCUUUCCUCUUCGUGCGCCUCAUUUCCUCCAGCAUUGCCCGGGGUGUCCUAGCUGCCAUGGAGAUGGACAUCAUCAUGAGGAUAUAUGGGAUCUCUGGCGGUAUAUUUACAGAGCACCUGUGAGUAGUCCCCUGAUUUUCUGUGUCACUUUUCAGGAUGAUCAAAGAAUCAAGUCGGUCCGAUUUGAGGAUAACCGUGAGGUAUCUCACAGGAGCGAGUCAGUCCCUCAGAAACAAAGGCCCCGGGGAGCGGAGACCUCCAAAAUGAAGACUUCAGGUAUGGAUAAAGCCUCGAGAACAAAAGUACUACCCACAAUAAAAGUGAUUACGGAGACAGCAAAGUCUUUCGCGAUAGAGGAACCUAAGGCAGAGACGGCUCUUAACAUGGAGAGACUCUCUGAGAACCAAUCGUCUCCAAUUCCACGGCGACUGUCGAAACUGAAGCAAAUUUUGAACAUGGAGUAG